AUGUCGGAUUUUUCAGAUUCAAGUGAAAGUCACGAAGGGGAGGAAAUCAAAAUCCAAAGUCUGGCUUAUGAAAGUGUUGAAAGAAGGGCCCACUGGAGUUUGAGAACAGAGACGUUGACGAAACCAAUUAUAUCUGAAAAUUCCGAACAGGAUGAGAUUGUCCCGUCAGAACUGGUAGAGAGUGAGGAAAUUUCAGAUGAGGUUCCUUACACCCCCCGCUUGAAUCCUGAACUGGAAGCCAGUAUGAGUAACUUACAAACAGCUAGAGACCAAGCUCAUUUAAACUACCAAAUACAGUUAGGUAAAGUUUUGGUAGCCUUAGGCCCCUCUUUAAACACUAUUUUAGAGGGGAGAGAGAUAUAUUCAAAGGCUAUCAGGGACAGGCUUUUGACUAGUGUUGCUGAUUCUGGACGAAUGAUUUGUAAGGUGGUCAAUGAGAUGUCACAAAAACGACGUCAACUAAUUUCGCCUUUAAUGAAUAAACAGAUAAAAGGUAUAGUAGAAAAGUGUCCCCCUGGCGAAUUCCUCUUUGGGCCUAAUCUAGGAGAGAAGAUCCAGACAGCAAAAAGUAUGGAAAAAGUUGUGAAAGAUAUUAGGGCGACGCCCGCCCUACCGGAGGAGGGACGGAAGACCACCGAAAGGGCGACCCUCAGAUCCACAGAAACGGACGUCCAACUUCAGAAACCAGUAGAGAACUAUCCACCCUCUGGCUCGUCAGCUUUCCCUGGUGGUCGCCAGAUUAUCAGGGAAUCGCUUUUAAAGAGAGACGUCCCAGAAAUAGCUGUAGAUACGCUAAUAUCUUCAAUUUCCGAAUCCACUAUGAAGCAAUACACCACAACAUAUCGCCUCUGGUGGAACUUUUGCCUGGAGAAGAAUAUCUCUGUAUUUGGACCGGCAAAUAGAGACAUCAUGACCUUCUUACAAUAUACAUCUGAGAAAUAUAAUUAUAAGUACGGUGCCAUAAACUCCAACAGAUCAGCUUUAAACCUUAUUUUAAUUAACGAUAUCGGGUCAGACCCUCUUAUAAAAAGAUUCAUGAAAGGAAUGGCGCGUCUGAGACCGGCCCAACCAAAAUACGGCAGUACGUGGGAUCCUGAAGUUCUACUUUCUUACAUAGAACAAUUGCCUGAAGAUUUGGACCUUAACUUAUUAUCCCAUAAAUUAAUAACACUCUUGACUUUAGUUACAGGAGAGAUGCUUCAGACGCUGUCUUUGAUCAGGCUAACCAAUAUACUGGAAAAUGAACAGGAAAUUCAAAUUAAUAUAACCGAUCCAAUAAAAACUUCAGGUUUAAAUCGGGUUCAGCCAACACUAUAUCUUCCCUUUUUCAAAGAGAGGCCUAAACUUUGUCCUGCCUUGACGUUGAAAAAAUACAUCGAUGCAACAAAAGUGUUUAGAAAAAAGGAGCAUGAUUUUGUAUUCUUAACAAUUAAAAGACCUCAUUCAGUUGCUUCGAAACAAACGCUAAGCAAAUGGGUUAAGAAAAUGUUAGAACUAGCAGGGAUAGAUAUUUCUCAAUUUAAACCUCACUCGACAAGACAUUCUUCUAGUUCUGCCGCAUUGAGACAGGGAAUUUCAAUUGAAACAAUACGCAGGACAGUAGGAUGGUCCGAAGGGUCAUCUGUAUUUGCCAAGUUUUACAAUAGACCUCUCUCUGACAGAACUGCAUACGCCAAAGCUAUUUUAAGUAAUUCUGACAAAGCUUAAUUUACAUUUAUAUGUUCAAUGUUUAACAAUGUUUUGCCGUAAGGCCUAGUUUAAUUUACGUUAAAUAUGUUCUUUAUAUAUUCUUUACUUGUUCAUUAUUUGUUGAUAUAACUAUCGUUAUAUGCCAAUUUGUUCAUUUUGGUUGCAUUCAAUAAACGUUUUUGAUAUUUAAGAUAUUUAGCUGCCUUUCAUAUACCACUCAAAAAAAAAACUUUCCGCACCAAUUCAUUAAUUCGCAACCAACAGAUCUUUAAACAUCUACGUAUUGUAAAAUCAAGAUAAUACAUUCGGACUGGACGCGAAUAUAAUUGUACGAUCAAACGAACUUACCUGAAGUGAAGUUCGAUCGUAAUUAUAUGAAGCGUCCAGUCCGAAUGUAUUAUCUUCCCUCCCUUCCCGUCUUACCCCAUGGUCGCUUGAAUUAAUGAAUAAAACUUUAAAGAAUGAAUUACGUGCGCAGAGCCGACGAGAGCGACGCGGGACGCGGCGUGGGCCAGCGACAGGGAGGGAGUUUUGACUUUAGCCUUGAAAUAGUGCAUGCACGCAGAGACGGACUACGUAUUGUAAAAUCAAGAUAAUACAUUCGGACUGGACGCU